CAGGAGUUGUUGAUAAAGUGAAAUGCCAGUAGUAAUUCAAACUCGUUCUUAAAAUGCCUUAAGUCGUAUCACUAGAUCAGACCGUCAUGAAAAAGAGAUGUUCAAACACAAAUUAUUUGAAUUUAUAAGCCCAGAAUUUCUAAUAACAUGGUAAAAAUAAACGAUAUACAUUAAAUUCGUGUUGAUUGCAUGCAAACGUCUUAACAGAACCGCAACAGUCCUUUAAACAGCCACAUAACCUUCUAGAUGAAUCCACACUGCUGCGGCUAACGUAACAGGUCUUCAAAUGUCCUGCUGGGUCUGCUGCAACUGCUGCUUUCUUUCCCCAAGUCCUGAGCGCAAACUGGCAGUGACAUCCUGCGGCCAUGUCAUCUGCAGCGUCUGCUAUCAGAAAGGCAGCCACGGCCGGUGUUUGAUAUGCAGCAGCCAGUGCCAGGUUUCUCCUCUUUCUGACAAAAGCAGCUCGGACGUGAAGGCUUUGUUUUCUGACAUCGGCGUUGUGGCAACCAGACAUCUGACAGAGAUCAGCAAAGUUGUGGCGUUUCAGGCCCGGCAUCAGAAGAGGUUGCUCAGUUACUACAAGCAAAAGAAUCAUAAACUAGAAGACAUGUUGGCCACUAUAAAGCAAGAAAUGCAGCAGAUGGGGAAGAAGCUGAAUGAUCAGAGGGCUUACAUUGCUAAGCUGGAAAACUCUCUCCAGCACCACAGUUUAAAAGCUCCGUCUCAAACCAGCAGCAGUCUUCACACCCCGCAUGGAAACAAGUCAGAUGUGCCAGGAUUAUGA